UUGUUAGUCCUGUUCAUGUGCUGUGAACAUUUUUCCUCAGAGCAGCUACUCCAGCUGUACAGGGGACUAGUGAGUGGCUCUUCAGCUGUUUCACUCCUCAACAAAGUUGAAUCCAAAGCAUAUCAUCUAAUGCAUAAUCCAGCUGCCACCUCCACAAUAGACUCUCUUGCUCUCUGUGGCUUUGGUCCUCGGAAUAUGCAUGGCCCUGGAGGGUUCAAUGGCCCUAGAGGCUUGCUUGGACCCCCACCCAUGGGCAUGGGAUCCAUGAUGGGAGGCAGGCCACCCCUCAUCGGUGAUAUGCCCAGUGGCCACAGUGGACCUGGUGGAAUUCCUGGACAAAGGCCAGGUAUGUGGAUGGAUGGUCCAGGACCCAGGUUCCAAGGCCAUGAUGUACAUGGGCCCAGAGAUGGCCUCCCUGAUAGGCCAUGGGACAAUGACAGGUCCAGAGAUGGAGAUAGAAAUAUGGACAUGGAUCGAUUCAGGGAAGGAGACCGAGGCCGUGAUGAAGACAGAGGGAGGGAUCUUGACCGGGAUCGCUCCAGAGAUGACCGAGGACGAGAUGACCGCGGAAGAGAUGACCGAGGCAGGGAUGACCGUGGAAGAGAUGACCGAGGCAGGGAUGAUCGUGGAAGGGAUGACCGCACAAGAGAUGACCGUUCAAGAGAUGACCGCUCAAGGGACGAUCGAUCCAGGGAUGAUCGCAUGAGGGAUGACCGCUCUAGAGAUGACCGCUCCAGGGAUGAUCGGCCUAGAGAUGACCGGUCUAGGGAUGACCGUUCCAGAGGAGACCGAUCUCGGGGUGAUCGCUCAAGAGAUGAUCGUUCUAGGGAUGAUAGAUCAAGAGAUGACCGGUCUAGAGAUGAGAGAUCAAGAGAUGACCGUAGAGAUGAUCGCAGAGACGACCGGUCUAGAGAUGAUAGAUCUCGUGACGAGAGAUCUCGUGAUGAACGUGGACGUGAGGAACGGCCAUGGGAGAGUAAUAAGUCUCGCGAUGGGGACAGGCCAAGGGAUCGUAGGGAUGAAAAGAGGUCGUGGGAGAAAUCAAGAUGGGGACCACGUGAAGAGGAAGAGGAAAAUAUACCCAUGGAGGGUAAUGAACCAGGCAAUUGGGAUAUGUGGGCUUCUGUGUCAGAUAAUGUGAAUAUGGGACUUAACAAGAAUGUAAUGGAAGAAAAACCAAAAGAAGAAAAGAUAGACUUAACUAAGGAAGAAUCACAGGAGGAGGAUCAGAAACCCACUGAAGAAAAAGGCCCAAGUUUAGCUAAGGAGGAGUUGAAAAUGGAUGUUAAUGAAGAAAACACUGACAGCAAAGAAAAUCUGUUAUUAAAAGAUGAUCCAAGUUAUGCAGAACAAGGUGACAAUCCUGAAUGUGCCCCACCUACCAUACCAGAAAUGGAUCAGGCAGAUGAAAACAUUCAAGAUGAGUCAGCUGACAUUGAUAAUUCUCAUCAACAAGAACAGGAGCAGGAAAUGGAAGUAGAGGACCACAUGAAAGUUGAGCAUGAAGAUACAGUUCAAGAAUCUGAACCACAACCUGUGGAGCAAGAAGAACAAAGAGAGGAAUCCCAAUGUGAAAAUAAUGCUCAAGAGUGUGACCUCCCCCAGGAAUCAGAUGAGGUGCAACAGGAAAACACAAAUCAAGACACACAUUCUCAGGAAAAGAGUGAACAAGAAGAGUCCUCCCCACAGAGGGAGUUCAUUCAAGAGAGAGAGUUAGAAGCAUCCUCACCACAGCAGGAAAAUCCAGAAGAGGAGUUUGAGGAGUCAGGGAGAGACACACAUGAAAGGGAAGCUGAGGACUCCGACACUGAACACCAAACUGCUGCAGUGGAGGAGGAGAAUGAAGGGAGAUAUAGUGUAAAUAGUCCUGGUAGUGAUAAUCCUCAGCCCGAGGGAGUUGCUUAUGAUGAUGGUGAUGAACGGGCCAAUGAAGGGGCAGAUGAAGGCUCUGGGAUUGAUGAGGAGCAGGGUCAAGUAGGUGAUGAAACUGAAGGACAGGAAGAAAGUGAUGGUGGACUAAAUGAAGACUGAGCAUUAUGCUUGAAUAUCAUUUGUGCCUAAGCAGUUAGAUUUUCUGAAUGAACUACUCGGGAACUUGGCAGAACCAAAAUUGCUUAAAACUAUGAUGUGAAAUGUGAUCAUGAGCUUAGUGUUUUAAAGUCAUCUGAUAUAUAUACAAUGCAGUUACAAUGAUGCAGCUGUGACAUCAGUGGAAUUUGAAAUUUGAUAUUUCAGUACUUUUACUGACUGAUAAAAGUGGAUAAUUGCAAUAGUGUUUCAAAGGAAUAUAUUGAGAAAUUACUUGAGGUGUACCUGAAGUCUGCUGGGACAUGAUGCCGCAAGUGACGAACCUACCUGGAAUGGGGGACAUGUGUCAUGCUAUUAUUUAUAUUCCUCUCAGGCGAGUGACUCUGUACCUUUUGGCUGUGAUCUUAUAAUAUUUUCAUAAGCAGUUCUGUACAGUUUUAGCUUUUUUUUUGUUUUAAUUUCAAAUAUUAACUUCAAUAAAUUUUUAACUAUUUUGCAUA